AUGUCCGCUCUGCAAGCAUUGAACGUGCGUUCAGUUAUCUUCGCUCCCUUUCAGAUGACCGUGUUUCGAGUUUUGUUUAACCACUGGAAGGAGUUCGUGACCCACCGGAGUAAGAUACCCGAGGGCGAAGACCCGCGGGAACACUUUGCCGAAAUGCUUCGAAGACACCGGGCUGACAGCAAGUCCAAGAAAGAAGCCAGUGAGCGCCGGAGGAUGGCGCGACUGAGCGCCGAGAGAAAGAAGAAAGAAAAGGAAGAACGGGAAAAGAAGCGCAUUGAAGAUCUCGCGAGGUAUAUGGUGUCUAAGGUGUGCAGCAACACUGGAGGUGGAGUAGGCACGUAUUACGGAAGGAAGGAACUUCUGUCAUUAAGAGUGCUGUACAAUGGACACCGGAAGGAAAGCAGAAAAGUUUCAUUUUCAGGUGUCUAUGCAUUGAAGCCUGCUCUGCCAGCUGUUGGAGGAAAUGAGGGUGUUGGAGAGGUCACAGAGGUUGGUAAUGAAGUACAAGACCUCAACACAGGAGAUCACGUGGUCUUAAGGGCAGAUCAGUGUCUAGGUUCCUGGUGUAGACACUUGGUGGUAUUAGAGCAUCAGGUUUUAAAAAUCCCUGCUGGUCUCCCUGUGGAAGCUGCAGCCACAGUGAGUGUAAACCCAUGUACUGCAUUCCGAUUACUGAAGGACUUUGAAGACCUUGAGCCAGGUGAUGCAGUCAUUCAAAAUGGUGCUAACAGUGGAGUAGGUCAAGCUGUUAUCCAAUUAGCGGCUGCCUGGGGAAUCAAGACUGUUAACAUCAUUCGUAACAGACCAAAUGUGGAGGAACUGAAGAGUCAUCUCAAAGACCUAGGUGCUAAUUAUGUUGCCACUGAAGAAGACUUGAAAAGCUCCAAAAUGAAAGAGACAAUGAAGGGAAUCAAGCCACCUAAGCUUGCUCUCAAUUGUGUUGGAGGAAAGAGCUCCNCCCAACCAAUUGUGGUGUUGUCAUUUCAUGGCACAAUUAUAAAUUUAGAGCAGAAGUGCAGUAAACCAAAUGUGGAGGAACUGAAGAGUCAUCUCAAAGACCUGGGUGCUAAUUAUGUUGCCACUGAAGAAGACUUGAAAAGCUCCGAAAUGAAAGAGACAAUGAAGGGAAUCAAGCCACCUAAGCUUGCUCUCAAUUGUGUUGGAGGAAAGAGCUCCAUGGGCCUGUUUCGCUACUUGGGACCAAAAGGAACAAUGGUGACUUACGGCGGAAUGUCAAAGCAACCUGUUACUGUGCCAGCGGGAAUCAAGCCACCUAAGCUUGCUCUCAAUUGUGUUGGAGGAAAGAGCUCCAUGGGCCUGUUUCGCUACUUGGGACCUAAAGGAACGAUGGUGACUUAUGGUGGAAUGUCAAAGCAACCUGUUACUGUACCAACGGGCUCGCUGAUAUUUCAAGACGUGAGCGUUAGAGGAUUCUGGAUGUCUCAGUGGAACAUUGAUCAUCANAAAUUUAACUGA